UUCAGAAUUGUUCACAUCUCUCUCUCUCGCUCUUCGCUCUGGGCUCAAUUCCCAAUCCCUAUUUUCACUUCUGAGAUCCCCAAAUCUCACUCCCUCUGAUCGAACUCAAACCCACCUCCGUCUCCGUCACCGGAGGUCCUCGUCGUCGUCUCGCUCUUCUUGUUGUGAGAUUCAGAGGGUUUCGCCGAUCUGAAUCCGAUUCGGGCUGGAUCAUCAGCCUCGCUAACAGAUCGCUCUGUUCUAUUAGAGCGCAUUCGAUUUGGAUCGGGAAGUUGAAGUGAGUUGACCCUAAAGCUGUGGCCUGGGGUGAGAAAAUAGCUGCAGAUCUAGUGGGUAGGUUUCGGAAUCGGACUAACAUAAGCGAGUUGAGCUCAUUGAAUCGGUGGAUUUUGUUGUUAUGGAGACCCUUCUUGUUGUGGAGCAUAAGAACCAGUACUACAGCCGGGUCAAGCCACAUGGGCCAGGCCGGGUCGGACCCUCGCCGUCCAAGAGCUUCCGAGGGAUCAAUUGCCGGACUUUCCAAUCCGGCACAGGUAUACUACCAACCCCUCCUCCAUUGAAGUCGUCUUCUACUAGUACUAGUACUAGUACUAGUACUCCUGUUUCGAAAAAACCAUGCCCCCCUUCUGCUUAUUCACCCAAGACACCUACACCUAGUGCGGAUUCACAGAUUGAUGCUAAGCCUAAAUUUUACUCUGACAGUAAAGCUGUGAGUAGAAGCAAUGUGAGAACCAACCCAAUUCCUAUCAAUGCCCGAAAUCUGAAGAAAGAGAAGCCUUUUAAUGAGAGUUUUUCAUUUUCGGAACUCUGGGCUGGUCCUGCUUACUCAAACUCUCCCCCACCUAGUUCUUUGCCAAUACCCAAAUUUUCAGUUCGGCCAAAGAGGACCGUGUCGCUUGAAUUGCCUAGCUCAGUUUCUGCUAUUGAAAUGCACCCAAUUGCCAGGUCUGCACCCCCGUCCCCGACCAGAGAGCAUAGCUCUUCCAAAAGAGAUCUCUUUUACAAUGCUGACUCAGCCACUAGGACUCUGCGUCGCAUCCUCAACCUGGAUGUUGACGACGAAUGAAGGGCAGGGAGCACUAGGCUCCUGUAAAUAGUUGUUGUAUAUAUAGUGAAUAAAGUGGUUGGUAGUGUUAGCUCUUUGUUAUGUUUAUACAAGUAGCAGACGUGGUUGUUGCUGGGGUGGUGUUCUGUUGGUUAGUGGAGGUGUUUUGAAGUGGACUUGCUGUACUUGGUUGGGAGAUGAAUGCUAGUUUGGAAGGAUUGGCAUUGUAUCUGUUAGUUGUUAUGGUGUUAGCUCUUUGUUAUGGUUCUCACAAGCGGCAGGCGUGGUUGUGGCUCGUCAAUGAUCUCUGGGGUUUGAACUAUGAGUACUGGUGUUUGAAGUGGUCUUGGUGUACUUGGGUUGGAAGAUGGAAAAUGGGCGUGGUUUUAGUAGUUUGGGAUACAUGAUAUGGAUGGGAUUCGACCAAGAUUUUAUGGAAGCAGAAGGGAGAUGGUAGUAAUGUUGUGCUUUUGGAAUUGAAUGGUUGCCUGCACUCUGGCAUGGGAUGGAACAACUAACUAGUCUAUGGAAGCUGAGGAAAACCACAUUCUACUUCAAUUUGAAGUUGUGACAUUAACUUGUCAAUGUAAUAUCCUCGUGCAGAUUUGCUAACUUCAUUUUAACCCCUUUUAGAACUAGAUUUAGGCCUUUAGUUUUGGUUACUAUGUAUAGUGUAGAAUGUCUAGUGGUUUAUGGAUACAGAUUUCUGUAGGUUUCUUUUCUAUUCUUGGUUUUCAUCUUCCUUACUUUUCAGUUUCCAAGUUAGUGUCCUUAUAAAUAGUCUAACAUUGGUCGGUAGCUUUGUUCCUUAGUUCAGCGUUCCUCAAUUUCUUCCUUAGGUAUUCAUCCUCUUUCAUUAAUCUCUUUGCUUGGUCUGUCUUGCCUGAAUUGGCUGCUUUCCAAUCAACAACUCUCACCUUCUUACUGUUGUAACUUUCUUGUUCUUUUAGUUACAGUCCGACUCCUUUACUACACUCUGAUAAAGGGUGUUUCCCCUUUGCCCAUCUUUUCUGUUUUUUGAAAGAAAAGAGGAAAGGGGGUAGUGAUUGUUGUUCUUCCCUACUUCUGCUUCGAUGCUUCUGUUUGUAGAGGUCAAUCUGUGUUUCUUGGUCAUGUAAGAUUUCCUCAGUUGAAAUCUUCUGUUCUUGCAAGUGAAUGGCGCCUUAUUCUUGUAUUCAUAUCGUUUCAAUCCUCAGAGAUUGUUGAUUUCGCCAAGCCAACAACAAGGUGCUAGUCGGAAAAUCAGAAAGGCUGUUUUGCUAGCAGUGAGAUUCUCCAGUGAAUCUAGUUCGUUAUAUGUAGUAGUCUCUUGAAGGAGUCAAAGUGGCGUAUAUCAUCAUGAUCAUCAUGAUGUCUGUGUCUGAUGUUUUGUGCUGUGUUCUAAGAGUCCAUUGAAUCCAAUGGAGUGAUAUGUAAUGUGUAGCCAAAAGUUCUGAUCACAUUUUCAUUUUAUGUUCUGUUUUCUUGAACUCCAAUGUUAUUGUACUUGGUUGUUACUUAUCAACAGUGUUUCUAUUCACUAUUUAAUCUACUACUGUUGUCUUUUAAAUUCUAA